AUGAUCAUGCCCUGCGCUCAUUCUGUCUCUGUCCUCUCCGGAGGGUGUUUGUAUUCAUCUGGUCUGUCCUUCUCGUGCUCCAACAUGAGCCACUCUUAUGCCUCCUCCUCAUCCUCUUCAUACCGUCGAAUGUUCGGUGGUCCCGGCUACCUGACUCCACCAAUGACCCGUUCUAUGUUUGGCCGAGCCUCCACCGGGGGGUCCGGCAGCUCUAGGAUCAGCUCCAGAGUCUACGAGGUCGCCAAGUCCUCCACUUCUUCUCCUGGAUUCUCCAAUUAUCGAGCCUCCUCCUACAGUAUGCCCAACUUAUCCGCGGGCUAUACCCGCUCCUAUGGCGGGAUGGGUGAGACGCUGGACUUCAGCCUGGCAGACGCGCUCAACCAGGAGUUUCUCCAAACACGCACUAAUGAGAAAGCUGAGCUUCAGCACCUAAAUGACCGAUUCGCCAACUACAUCGAGAAGGUUCGCAUGCUGGAGCAGCAGAAUCAGGUGCUGGUGGUUGAGAUGGAGCGUUUGAGGGGGCGGGAGCCCACACGCAUCGCCGACCUGUACGAGGAUGAGAUGAGGGAGUUGAGGAGAGAGAUCGAAGUGGUGACCAAUCACAGAUCACGUGUGGAGGUGGAGCGGGACAACUUGGCAGAUGACCUGCAGAAACUGAAAGUCAGGCUUCAGGAGGAGAUUGCACUGAGGGAGGAGGCAGAGAAUAAUCUGUCUGCUUUCAGAGCAGACGUGGAUGCUGCCACUUUGGCCCGCCUGGAUCUGGAAAGACGUGUAGAGACUCUCCAGGAAGAAAUCGCUUUCCUCAAGAAGAUCCACGAGGAGGAAAUCCGUGAGUUGCAGGCCCAGAUGCAAGAGACCCAAGUCCAGAUCCAGAUGGACAUGUCCAAACCAGACCUGACUGCUGCCCUGAGGGACAUCCGUGCUCAGUAUGAGGGCAUCGCUGCGAAGAAUAUCGCAGAGGCCGAGGACUGGUACAAGUCAAAGGUGUCAGAUCUUAACCAGGCAGUGAGCAAGAACAAUGAGGCUCUCAAACAAUCCAAGCUGGAGAGCAUGGAGUACAGACACCAGAUCCAGUCCUACACCUGCGAGAUCGACUCCCUCAAGGGCACGAACGAGUCUCUCAUGAGGCAGAUGAGAGAUAUGGAGGAUCGCCACGGUCGUGAGGCCAAUGCUUUCCAGGACACCAUCGCCAGGCUGGAGGCGGAGAUCGCGAACAUGAAGGACGAGAUGGCGCGUCACCUGCGAGAAUAUCAGGACCUGCUCAACAUUAAGAUGGCCCUGGAUGUGGAGAUCGCCACCUAUAGGAAGCUGCUGGAAGGAGAGGAGAGCAGGAUUGUGAUGCCCAUGCAGUCGUAUUCCACUUUAAGCUUUAGAGAGACGAGUCCAGAGCAUCAACAGAGAGCAUCUGAAAUGCACUCAAAGAAAACUGUGCUGAUCAAGACCAUCGAGACACGUGACGGAGAGGUGGUGAGUGAAUCUACACAGCACCAGCAGGACAUCAUGUAAACCUCGGACGAAGAGCUGCAACUAAAGAAUCAAACAAAGAUGAAAAUAAAACCUUUAGGACAGUUAA